CGGUGUGCAGUGUUCAGAGUCAGGAUAUGGAGUACAAGGAGACACACAUGCAGGUUCAGUUUACAAAGUUGACCGUGUCUGUAGCCGUGGGACUCACCAUGUGCUGGCUGCUAUUUGCUAUUCGGAUCCUGACCAAUCAGCUGGGAGUAUGGAUGGAUGACGACAUAGACUUCAUCGCCGCCCGGCUGAUGACGUUUAACAGCGUCAUCAACCCGCUGCUCUACAUCGCCAUCUGCAAACCCUACCGCAAGGGAUGCUGGGUCAUCCUCAGAAACAUCGUGCACUACCUGACCUGUACCAGUGUGAAGAAGAUGGACAUGACUCUUGCCGAGGCUGUCGCCUGA